CAUGCAAAUUAGCCCAAUCUGUUCAAGAGUAGAGCUAGAAGAGAGAAUGUCCUGGUUUCGGCACUCGCUGUACUGGCUCCUGGUGGCCAUGUGGUUUGGCGCAGUCAACUCCUCCAAUUCGUGUCAGUUGAACAACGCUGAGCUGAUGAAGCAGCGGAGAAUGCAGACGUUGAGAAACAGCAUUCUGGCGCAGCUGGGGGUGAGCGACCCUUCCCCCGCGAACAACACGGAGCCGCUGCCGGGCGAGGAGGAGAUGAAGGAGACGUUCAACGCGCUGCGGAGCGCCAGCGCCAGUCUCGAGCGAGAGAAAGAGACACGCUGUCACUCGGACGAUUUCUACGCCAAGCCAGUCUCCUCUUUCGUCGGUUUUAUGUCUGACGAGUUAUUUGGGGGUGGGCGGAUGAGACGGGAAGAAGCAGAGGCCGUCCCACACACCAACAACCUCCUGCACAGUUACUCCAUAACGUUCAACUUCUCCCUGCCCUCCACACUGACUGACGUGUCCCGAGCCGAUCUCCUCCUCUACCAACAGAACUCUGUGACUCCAGACACAGUUGUCAAGGACCGCAGGCAGUACGUAGAGAUUAGGACCGUCCUCGAGUCACUCAGCCAGAAAUUCAUCGUGGAGGGGAAAUACAUCGACAUCUAUGAGACUGGCUAUCAAGUGUUUGAGAUUACGUCGGCCGUAAAGUUGUGGAUUGCUCGCCGCAUCGAGGGUCCCGUCACGAUGGAGGUCAAUGUCUACUGCUACAGUUCUCCCAACUGCAGUCAGCCGGACGGGGGUGACCUGUCUCCCUGCCAGUGUGUCCUUCUUCUCGUCACAGGCCGAGCAGGACAAGGCUCCACGGAUAAUCACGGUCUCAAAGAACCCUCUGGAUGUCCAACAUCAGGAGAGGAAGCGGAGGAACGCAGACGAGCUGACGGGCGUGGGGAAGUGCAGUGCCAACCAGUCGACCUGCUGCCUGAAGAACUUUCAACUCAACUUCCACGACGACCUCGGCCUGUCGUUCAUUCUUCUCCCUGAGAAUUUCACCGCCAAUUACUGCGAGGGGGUGUGUCCCGAGAUAAUGGGGGGGCAACUCAUGACUCCUCGUAUCUUUGAGUUGUUCAGUCGACUUCCGGAGACCAACCCGGGCAGCUCCGUGGAGCCCUGUUGUACUGGCAACCAGUACAAGCCUCUGGAGGUGUUGGUUCGGAAAGAUGGAGAACUUUUCAUUGAGGAAUUAUCACACGUCACUGUGUUGUCAUGCCGAUGCACGUAACUGACCCCACCCACCAAUCAAUGAGAAACUACAGCCCAUUAUUCAUGUUUUAUAAUUCUAUCAUUCAACCGUUUUUCUAUAUAUUAUAUAUGGGACGUUUAUAAGAUUAUCCGUUCAUUGCCAUACUAAACUGUACACAUAAUCACUUUGCACUCUGUGAUCCGUAAAAUACAUGAUUUUCAAUGACAAAACUUGUGUGAAGUGUCACAGUUUUAUUGUAAAAAU